UAAUAGUUUCUACAAAUAAACUAGGGUCAGAGUGGUGAUGAUAGAAUAAACACGUUCAAUCACAGUCAAUUUAUCCAGCGCAGAACGAACACCAUUUCGAUGAACUCGUAAACACGAACAUGUGGAGGCUCAGAAAUGCAUUUCGAACUAAAAAUUUUCCAAAAUUACCUCAAACCGCGUACUACGCCACCGAAAGCGGCCUUCCCAACCAGGCGGAUGUCGUAGUCAUUGGUGGCGGCGUUGCCGGUUGCAGCCUUCUGUACCACUUGUGUAAAAGGGGUAUCAAUGCCGUUUUACUCGAAAAAGACAAAAUCACUAGUGGUACCACAUGGCAUACUAGCGCCCUUUGCUGGAGGCUGAGGCCUGGUGACGUCGAUGUGAGACUUUUGGAAUCUACGAGGAAGCUUCUUAUGAGUUUGGAGCAGGAAACGGGGCUCAAUACCGGGUGGAUUAAUAACGGAGGACUCUUUAUUGCUAAAUCAGAGCGACGCAUUGAAGAAUACAAACGUCUUCACACAUUCGGACACUUUUUCAAUAUCGAAAGCCACGUAAUAUCUCCUAAUGAAGCCGCAAAAUUAUCUCCAAUACUCGAUCCGAAGAAAUUUAAGGCCGCUUUAUAUUCACCAGGAGAUGGUUACACUGACCCUUCAAUGUACUGUGCUGCAUUAAUAAAAGGCGCUACUACUAGAGGGGGCCAGGUUAUAGAAAACUGCCCGGUAAGCAAUAUUCUCGUAGAUUCAUCUACCGAAGUAAGGAAAGUGCAAGGAGUCGAAACAGCAAAAGGCACCAUCAAGACAAGUUGCGUAGUUAACGCCGCCGGUGUCUGGUCAAAAAAUAUAGCUCAACUUGUUGGUUUGGAGAUCCCCCUCGUGGCCAUGAAACACGCGUAUAUAAUAACCGAUAACAUACCGGAAGUAAAACAUUCGCCAAAUAUUCGAGAUCAUGAUGGAUCGAUAUAUAUGAGAAUGCAGGGAGAAAGCAUAUAUCUGGGAGGGUACGAAACCAACCCAGAAAUCAUCAAAGACAUGCCUACAGAUUUUCAAUUCAGUCUGUUCGAUUUGGACAAGAGCAUCUUCGAAGUACACGUAAAGAAUGCUGCUGAUAUAGCUCCUGUAUUUGAACAUGUCCCCAUCAAAUCUGAUAUUUGUGGGGCCGAAUCGUUCACCCCUGACCAUAAACCCCUCAUGGGUGAAGACCCCAAGCUUGCAGGUUUCUUCUAUUCGUGUGGUUAUAAUAGUCUAGGUAUGAACCUAAGCGGCGGCUGUGCUGAACAAUUAGCCAUUUGGAUCUCACAAGGUCGGCCAGAAUUACCCAUGUUUACAUAUGAUAUAAGAAGAUUCACGCCCAACCAAAGAUCGAAUAGGGCUUGGGUAACCGAAACUAGUCAAGAAUGUUAUGCUAAAAAUUAUAGUAUUGUUUUUCCACACGAUCAACCUCUAGCUGGAAGAAACCACAAAAUUGAUCCUUUCCAUGAGGCUUUAGUAGCGAGCGGAGCCGUCAUGGAGGAAGCCCAAGGCUGGGAAAGACCUGGCUACUUCAUCAAAGACCGAACGGCCCCUGUACGAGGCUAUGACUGGUACGGCUACUACGAUCAUGUAGACAAUCCCGAUAAACGGUACGAGCAAGAACUGGAGGGCGAAUAUACUUUCGGAUUCUCAAAACAUCAUGAUCUGAUCGGAGAAGAGGCCAAUGCAGCUCGAAAUAAUGUAGCGGUUUUCGAUCUUUCUUACUUCACAAAGAUGUACUUAACAGGUCCUGAUGCUGAAGAAGCAGCUGAUUGGUUGUUCACCGCAGAUACCGACAAGGAACCUGGACGCGUGGUAUACACUUGCGCUUUGAACAGCAAAGGAGGUGUCGAAACUGACGUUACGGUAACACCGUUGGAAGAAGGUGUAGGAACACUUGUUGGACCAAUUUUGAAGGGCAAAGGAUACUAUAUCGUCGCAGGUGGGGCCUCAGGGUACCAGACAGUGUCUCAUUUCCGGAAAGAAUUGAAUAAGAAGAGGUUCAAGGCUGUUAUAAGCGAUAUUACAGACAAGCUAGGUGUGUUGUCGAUUCAGGGACCAAAAAGUCGAGAACUUUUGCAAUCCAUCACCGAAACCCCAAUCACAGACGAGAAAUUCCCUCCAAGCAUGUCGCACAUUAUCCACGUGAACGGACACGUGUGUCGCGCCAUGAGAAUAAGUUUCAUUGGAGAACUAGGUUACGAAUUGCACAUUCCUUAUGCUGCUUGUGUCCCUGUAUACAACAAAGUAAUGGAUGCGGGAAGAGGUUUCGAUUUGAGACAUGCCGGAUUCAGAGCUUUGUAUUCUUUGAGUCUCGAGAAAGGGUACCACUUGUGGAACUACGAUCUUAGAAUUGACGACAAUCCAGUCGAGGGCAACUUACAGGCGUUUUGUCGUAAGGAUGGUCAAUACUUGGGGAAACAACACGUGGAGAAGUUAAAGCAACACGGUGUGAAGAAACGAAGGGUUUUCUUCACGUUAGAAGACCAUGUGGCGGUGUACGGUUUAGAAACUAUUUGGAGGGAUGAUGCCAUUGUGGGAUAUUUAAGAAGAGGUGAUUAUGGAUAUCAUUUAGAUUGCAGCAUUGGUGUCGGAUACGUGGAACAUCCCACUGGGCAAAUACUUACUGAUGAGUUUUUGAAGACCGGCAAUUAUGAGAUAGAAGUUUUGAAUAAGAGGUAUCCGGCGACUUUGUAUUUGAGGAGUCCUUUUGAUCCUAAAGGGCAGAGGUUGUUGGGACAAUACGAACAGCAGUUCGAAGAGCAAGCGCAUUUUGAAGACUGAUGUGUUCAUACUUUUUGUUGAUAUUUUAUAAGAGAAACGAAUAAAAAUUUAUUUUCUUUA